GUGUUCAGUUGGAAACUUUAUGAAAAUAGCAUUUCCUAUCAUAAAUUUUCUUUCACACGAUUAAAAAUGAAUAUAAAUACAAGUGAAAGUAUACAUGUGCAUUAUACGUAUAUUUAAUAUUGUCGGCAACAAUCAGCCGGUCAAUACAAUAUAAUAGCGCACGAUUCCUUUCGUUGCCUUCAUGUUCACGGAUCGUGUUAUGCACCGCAAAAAUAGAAGACGGACAAUCUCUCUCUACUAACAACGUUGUGCGCCAGCAGCUGCAACCAUAUGGCAUUCUUUCUGUGAUCUUGCUCUAAGAGCUCGUUAAUACGAUCCUCUCGGAUGUUGCCAACACACAGUUAAUAUUAGUUUCGAGUAUGUUUUCUCAAUGUAUGAGUGACACCGCGCGGACUUCCACCACGAUUCGAUAACCACCUGGUUAACAUCCUGCAUACCCGACGUUAUUUCUGAAAGGAUAUCAUCGUAUGUGAAUGACGCCCCUCUUCUCUUUCGUCUUCUUCUUCUUCUUUAAACUGGAUGAGAGAAAUAUAUUUGAAAAAUUUUACAGAUUUGUCUCUUCUGAGAGAAGAGACAUUCGCACGUCUCGACGAGAUGUCAACUUUCCUUCAAGCGAUCGCGAAUGAUACAACAUAAUUGAAUUGCAAAUCAAUAACAAUACUCCUCAUCUUGUUGCAUUGAUGAGGAGAAAUUAUAAACUUGCGCGGGCACGUAGGAUAUAUGCAGAUAUGUUCGAAUCUGACGUGCAGCAUCGAUUCCACGCAAACUAUAAUCAAAGAAGUUACCGUUCUUUCUAGAGUAGAGUUACUCGAGAAACAAGAACGCCAAGAGAAACAUGGCGGUUCAUUGGUUCGCGGCCGACGAAAGCGGCGGAGUUUCCUGAGCUUUCGAGCCAAUGAGAAUACGUCGGCUUGCUAAAAAUAUAUUUUGAAUCGCAGUAGGAGGAGAUGAGACGACACCUCCUUCGGGCGAGGGACAAGAAGUAUUCACUUACGAGCAUGUAUCUCUGUUCGAGAAAGACGGGCGACUCGGUCAAUUCAGUGUUUAACAAGAACCCAACGGAUACAGAAAACUCGACGUUAAAGAGAAAUAUUUUAAAGGCAAAUUUUUCGACAAGUUUUAUCGAUGCGAUGGAAAGAGAAUGUGAAAAUUAGUAUAAGUAACUUGUCGCGCAUGUAAAAACAUCCGCGAUACCUACGACGUGUGCCGGUACGCGUUCUAUGUAGAACGAGAUCUGCACGUAGAAUACUUGAAUUGUCAAAUAAAGAAAAAUCGCCAAAGAAUCUUUAAAUUACCCUGACGGGACUUGUUGGACGCACCAAUUCAAAUCAUGUUACGAGAUGUAUAAUUGUGGAACAAACGUGUUUAAUGCCGGCCGCAUAUUAAAUAAUCCAAAAGUAAUUCUUUUCGUUUCUUUUCGUAAUUAAUGGCCAAACAAUUUGGGAUUUAACCAAGACUGAUAAACUUUAGCGGUUAAUCCCUAUUCUCUUCCACGAGAUAAUAUCAAAGUCAGGAUGAAAACUGCAGGCGGUACUUCGAGUCGUUUGAAUGCAAACGUGGAGCAACGUUUGAGAAGUCCCAAGUGUGCGAGAUGUCGAAACCACGGUGUAAUAUCCGGCUUGAAAGGUCACAAAAGAUCCUGUGCGUGGAAAGAUUGCCGGUGUCCUUGCUGUCUUCUAGUCGUCGAGAGGCAACGAGUGAUGGCAGCGCAGGUUGCCCUACGUAGGCAACAACAAGCGCAAGGCGAUAAUCUUUUGUCUUCGGCAAAUAAAAUAUCAGCGGCAGACACCGCGCAGAGUCCUUAUUCCUACGCUAAAGCGAAAUACGACGAGGCUGCCUGCGGUAGGAGAGGCAAGAAUUUUCAAAGGCAUCAUUUACACUUCACGCAGACGAGUAUCAGCGUGACGCAGGGUUUCUAUGGAUUAAAUGCCGUGCAUAGUUUACCUGGCGCAUUAUCAGCACAUCCGCGUUUAUUGAGCACUCUCUCUUCCCUGGGAUGCGAUCGAAAACAAGAGGCUGAACCUACACUCAAGGUACAAUCUUUCCACUCUGCAUACCCGACGAUGGUCCCGUGGUUCAAUGAAGUAACGCAAUCGUACAUAGCGAAUGGGGACUUGAACAAUUUUCUUUCUACAAGAGAUUUACGGAACUCCCCUACCACAACUGAUAAGCCUUGCUUGGAAAAAAAAGCACCGAUUCCCUUCAGCGUGGAAUCUAUUAUCGGUACGAAAUAAUAAUAUCGGUUCCAAAUGUCCAUGUUUCAAUCGUUCGAGUACCAGCAGGCUAUCUAGGUGAGGCAGUAAAUCAGAAAUUUUUAGAUUUAGUUAAGAAUAAGAGCACAUUAAUAUCAGUAAGGUGAACAAUCUUAUACGCAAAUGUACAAAUCAAGUGGAAAUUUUAUAAACAUUAUAUUCAAUAGGAAACGUACGUUAGUCGGCUUCAGUAUAUUAUGUUAUUUAGUAAUAUCUCUUACGCUCGUUGGCUGUAUACUCAAGAAGAAAGGAAUAUUAACAAUGCUUAUGUACAAUUUAUUGUUUUAUACAUCAAUAUACCACAAUUAUAGCAAACGUAUUUAAUACAUUUAUAGCAAUAACAAUAUAAAAUCGUCCCCGUAAAUGCGUUGUACAUUGUAUAUGUGUAUCUUCCUUUUCAUGAAAUAAAUUCAAUAUUUAAUCGUA